UUGGCCAGACACUUACAAUGAUAGCAGCGGCGUUCCUGGUCCUGCUCAAGCCCUACAGCGUCCAGUGCGUUUUGCUGCUGCUGCUCCUGCUGCUGGGCACCAUCGCUACCAUCUUGUUCUUCUGCUGCUGGCACCGUAAACUCCGCAAGGCUCGUCACCCCAUCAAGUCGGUCGGCUCAGGCCGUUCCAGGAGUCGAGAUGCAGGGAUGAGAUCGCACUUCCGUUCUGAGGGAUUCAGACACAGCCCACGGCAUGGCAGGAGAAGCAGCAGAUUGCGAGUUUCGGACGAGUCCAAGCCUCUGCUGGAGAUACCUGAGAGCGAUCAGGAACAUCUGGUAAGAAGGAGGAAAAUCAAGAGGAGCAGUCGAGUGCAGGCAGAGUUUUACCAUUCCGUGCAGGGGACUCCAACACGCAGAGCGAGUGUCGGUAGCAGCUCUCGCCCCUGCUCCAUGUCUUCCGCCGAUUACUCCGACGAUGAGGAUGAUUCUGGUCAGAGAUCAGGAACUGUCUCGCCAGCUCCCGGGGACACGUUGCCGUGGAACCUGCCGAAACACGAGAGAUCCAAGAGAAAAAUCCACGGAGGGUCGGUGCUGGACCCGGCGGAAAGAGCCGUUCUCAGGAUAGCCGAUGAACGGGACAAAGUCCAGAAAAAGACCUUCACAAAAUGGAUCAACAAACACCUCAUUAAGGUACGGAAACACGUGAACGACCUGUAUGAAGAUUUACGAGAUGGACACAACUUGAUUUCUUUGCUGGAAGCCCUUUCAGGGGACACUCUGCCUCGGGAAAAGGGACGCAUGCGCUUUCAUAGACUACAGAAUGUACAGAUCGCAUUGGACUACUUAAAACGUCGGCAGGUCAAACUGGUGAACAUCAGAAAUGAUGACAUCACUGAUGGAAAUCCUAAACUCACCUUGGGGCUGAUCUGGACCAUUAUUUUGCACUUUCAGAUCUCUGACAUCCAUGUUACUGGGGAGUCUGAGGACAUGUCAGCCAAGGAGAAGCUGUUACUGUGGUCACAACAGGCAGCAGAGGGCUACGCUGGAGUCAGAUGUGAGAAUUUCACUUCAUGCUGGAGAGAUGGCAGAUUAUUUAAUGCAAUCAUUCAUAAAUACAGGCCGGACCUGGUAGAUAUGAGUCAAGUAGCCGUUCAGAAUAACGUGAGCAAUUUGGAACAAGCCUUUGGUGUAGCUGAAAAGCUUGGUGUCACAAGGCUGUUGGACCCAGAAGAUAUAAAUGUUCCAUCCCCUGAUGAGAAGUCUGUGAUUACAUACGUUUCGUCACUCUAUGAUGUUUUUCCCAAAGUCCCAGAAGGCGCUGAAGGCAUCCACACAAAUGAUGUUGAUGUCAAAUGGAUUGAAUACCAGAAUAUGGUGAACUACCUCAUGCAAUGGAUCAAGCAUCAUGUGACAGUCAUGUCUGAUCGGAGCUAUUCGAACAAUCCUGCAGAACUUAAGGCACUUUAUAACCAGUACAUGCAGUUCAAAGACACAGAAAUCCCACCAAAAGAGAAAGACAAAACUAAAAUAAAGCAGCUGUAUAAAUUGUUGGAGGUGUGGAUAGAAUUUGGUCGCAUUAAACUUCCUCAAGGCUAUCACCCAAAUGAUGUGGAAAAGGAGUGGGGAAAAUUGAUCAUUGCUAUGUUAGAAAGAGAAAAGAGCUUACGGCCAGAAGUGGAAAGACUUGAAAUGCUGCAACAAAUCGCCUGCAGACUUCAGUGUGACAAUGUGGCGUGUGAAGAUAAACUGUUACGAGCGCGAAAUUCAUACCAACUUGAUGCAAAGCGGAUGGAAUCAGGACUUCAGUUUCAGAAUGAGACAGAGGUUGCAGGGUACCUUCUAGAAUCUGAAAAUCUCAUCCGUCAACAGAUUGUUGAUGUCCAGAUUCUAAUCGAUGGAAAGUAUUAUCAGGCAGACCAACUUGUUCAAAGAGUUGCAAAGCUGCGUGAUGAGUUGAUGUUGCUGAAGUCUGAUUGUUCAUCGCUAUACAAUAAAGGGCGCACCUUAUCUUCAGAGCAGACUCAGUUGAUGAUGGCUGGGCUAAAUCAAAGCCUGAAUCAGAGUUUCUCAUCAGGGUUUUCCCAGAGUUUGACACCAUCCUUGACCUCCAGUUUAUCUCGGAGCUUGACACCAAGCUUGACCCAUGGAUUGACCCCAGUUCUCACGCCCAGCUUGCCUGCAACACUCUCCUCUGGCUUAAAACCCAUUCUGGCACAUGGCUUCAUUCAAGGCUUUGUCCCCUGUAUGGACCCAGACUCAAUCCAGACAGUAAAACUGAUGCAGAUCAGGAAACCAUUGCUGAGGUCACAAUUCAUCGACCAGUCGCUGACAGAGGAGGAGAUCAACAUGAACUUUUUGCAGGACUCAAUAAGCUGGGUGGAAGAUAUGCAGGUGCAGCUUGAUCGUGCUGAGUGGGGCUCUGAUUUACCAAGCAUUGACAGUCACUUGGAAAAUCACAAAAAUGUCCACAGAGCAAUUGAAGACUUUGAAUCAAGCAUCAAAGAAGCCAAAUCUGCUGAGGGACAGAUGACCCCACCGCUAAGUGAAAGUUAUUCAGAGAAGUUGAGAACACUGGAGAGUCAGUACAUCAAGCUUUUGACUUCUUCCCGGAAUCGAGCCUCUCACCUUGACGACCUGCAAAAUUUUGUGACCAAAGCCACUAAUGAGCUCAUCUGGCUGAAUGAGAAGGAGGAGGAGGAAGUGGCUUAUGACUGGAGUGACAGGAACUCCAGCAUGUUGAGAAAGAAGGAAUACCAUGCUGAAUUGAUGCGACAGCUGGAAGAUAAGGACAUCCUCAUGAGAUCAGUGCAGGACAUGGCAGAUCAGCUGCUCCUAAGUCGUCAUCCUGCUCGACCCACCAUCGAGGCUUUCAAAGCAGCCAUGCAAACACAGUGGAGUUGGAUCCUACAGCUCUGCUCCUGCGUUGAAAGACAUCUGAAAGAGAACACAGCUUACUUCGAGUUUUACAAUGAUGCCAAAGAAUCCAUGGAUUAUUUGAGGAACCUGCAGGAUACAAUAAAGAGGAAGUACAGUUGUGACAAAUCCAGCAGCCUAGUGAGACUGGAGGACCUGGUUCAGGAUUCCAUGGAUGAGAAGGAACAACUUCUCCAGUACAGGAGCAACGUAGCAGGCCUUGUGAGUCGGGCGAAGAGCAUUGUGCAACUCAAACCCAGGAAUCCUGAAAAUCCCACAAGGAUCUCCAUCCCCAUCAAAGCCAUCUGUGACUACAAACAAAUUGAGAUAACAAUCUACAAAGAUGAUGAAUGUGUACUGGAAAACAACUCACACCGAGCUAAGUGGAAGGUUAUCAGUCCUACAGGCAAUGAAGCCAUGGUUCCUUCAGUUUGCUUUUCAGUACCUCCACCAAACAAAGAAGCCAUUGAAAUGGCCAGCAGAAUUGAGCAGCUCUAUCAAAAUGUUCUGGCACUCUGGCACCAAACACACAUAAACAUGAAGAGUGUUGUAUCCUGGCAUUAUCUCAUGAAUGAAAUUUCAACUAUUCGUGCUUGGAACGUUUCUUCAAUAAAAACUAUGCUCCCUGGGGAACAUCAACAGGUGCUAGGCAGCCUUCAGGAACACCUCAGGGACUUCUUGGAAGAUAGUCAGGAAUCUGAAGUCUUCUCAGUCACUGACGGCAACCAGCUUGAGAGAGAAGUCAAGUUCUGCAAACAGUAUUAUGAAGAUCUUCUUAAAUCGGCUGAAAGAGAGGAGCAAGAGGAAUCCGCUUGCAAUCGGUUCAUCUCCGAGUUGCGGAAUAUUCGACUUCGUGUGGAGAAUUGUGAGAAGCGCCUGAUACGACAAAUCCGCACACCACUGGAACGAGAUGAUCUACAGGAAAGUGUGCAAAGAAUCACCGAGCAAGAGAAAUUGAAGAGUGAGCUGGAGGAGCUCAUUGUGGAUUUGGAAAAAGUCAGUGAAAAAUGUGACAAAUUCUUUGGACAAGCCUCUUCAUCGUCAGCCUCAACCCUACGUGCUGAGCUGAAUGUGGUGCUGCAGAAUCUCAAUCAAGUGUACUCUCUGUCCUCCAUUUAUUUGGAUAAGUUGAAGACUGUCAAUUUGAUUGUUAAAAAUAGCCAAGAAGCAGAGGCUCUUGUUAAACAGUAUGAAACUAAACUGGGUGAGGAAGAUGCAGUACCACCUGACACAAAGGCAAUUCAAGCUCUCCAAAAUACAUUGAAGCAAUGGCGGACUGAAGUGGAUGAACGGCGUGAUGUCUUCCAUUCAUUGGAAGAUGAGCUGCAGAAAGGAAAGGCUGUCAGUGAACGCAUGCUGAGGGCUCACAAUGAGCGAGAUAUGGACAUGGACUGGCACAAGGAGAAAGCUGUCCAGUUAGCUGAGCGAUGGGAGAACAUUCGUUCUCAAAUUGACAACAGGCUACACGAGCUUGAAAGCAUCAGCAUUUCCCUGAACUGGUACAGAGAUUGUUAUAAAGACCUUGAUCAGUGGAUCCAAGAAAUGGAAACAACACAACAGAAGAUGCAGGAGCGUCAGCCAGAAGACAUCCGAGCCCUUGCUGAUGAGCUCAACCAACAAAAGCUGUUGACUUCAGAAGUUGAGAUGAAACAGGGCAGAAUGGACGAAUGUCAGAAAUACUCUGAUGAGUAUUCCUCUGCUGUAAAGGAAUAUGAGCUUCAGCUGAUGACCUACAAAGCCAUGGUUGACUCGCAGCAGAAGUCACCAGUCAAACGGCGAAGAAUGCAGAGUUCUUCAGAUGUCAUUGUACAAGAGUUUAUGGACCUCCGUACACGUUACACAGCCUUGGUGACCCUGAUGACCCAAUAUGUGAAGUUUGCCAGUGAUGCUUUAAAAAGAUCAGAGGAGGAAGAGAAAUCGGUAGAAGAAGCAAAGCAAGAGCAUGUAGAUAAAGUUGGCGAAUUGUUGAAAUGGGUGUCUGAGAAGAGCAAGUGCUUGGCAAAGAGACGACUGGCACCUCCUGCAGCGGAGCCUGGUGAAGUGGAAAAGUCGCUUUCUGAGAAUCAGGUGCUUUGUGUGGAAUUAUCAAACAAGAAAGAUGAGAUUGCUGAAGCUAUCCACACGACGCAGAUAUUCUUGGCCAAGCACAGUGACAAGAUAUCGGAAGAAGAUAAACAGCAAACUGAGAAACAGCUUGAGUCUCUUCAGGAAGCUUAUGAUAAGUUGUGUGAGGAGUCUUCUGAUGGCCUCCAGCAAAUGCAAAGUACACUAGCUGAAGAGGCAGUGGAGAAGGCAUUCGAAGAAAAGCAAGGAGAGUGUAACAAGAAAUUACAGGAAAUGUGCGAUUUACUGAUGGUGACUGAAAAUAAAAUCAUUGGUUAUGAGAGUGGAAUGUCCAUCACUGGUGAUAACUUAGCUAACUUACAACAGCAUCAGAUGGAGCACCAGGCCUUGCAGAAGGAAAUUGAGGCAAACGCAGCCACUUUAGCAAAUGUGGUAAAUGCAACUGAACAGUUCUUAGAGAAGAACAAGGACAAACUCAAACCAGAAGAAAGAGAUGCAAUGGAUAAGAAACUGAAGGACACCAAGUCAAAGCUCAAUCGGUUGAGUGAGCAAGUGGAUUCCAAACUCAAGAAUCUGGACAAUGCUGUAACGACUGCUCUCAAACAGGAGACUGAGAAGGCUGCAGUGGUUGAACAGUUAAAGGAGAAUGAGAGUAAAAUCCAAGGACUCUUGGGUUGGUUGACAAAUAUAGGACAGGAGCCAAUGAGUGAACAGAAAAUAAAAGAGACAUUGCAACAGAAUGGCAACACCAUUUUUGUGGAUGGACUGAAGAGUCUGGAGAAUGAGGAUACAGUGAAUGGAAACCUACCUCAGGACUUGAGUGAGACCAAAGCAGACAAAGCAAUGGAACCAACAACUGAUGGGGAUUUGAAUCUUCAGUACCAAAGAGCCAAGCUUCAUCACCAACAAGUUAUGUCACAACAACAGUCCUACAUAAUAUCGACACAGUCGGUGCAGGAUUUCCUGAAGAAGCAAGGCUCCAGUAUUUCUGCAGAGGAACGAGAGAAGUUGGAGAAGGACCUGAAUGAGUUGAAGGUUCAGUACGAGACCACACUGGCCCAGUCAGAAACCAGACUGAAAUUGAUACAGACUGUACAGGAUGAGCUGCAAAAGUUUUCCAGCGAUUACAGCGAAUUUGAAAACUGGCUGCACCAGUCUGAACAGCAGUUAGAGGAUCUCCAAACUGGUGCCACUGAAGUCGACACUCUUGUUGGCAAGCUGCAAAGACAGAAAAGCUUUUCUGAUGACGUCAUCUCGCACAAAGGCGACUUACGGUAUAUCACCAUCUCAGGGCAAAGAGUUCUUGAUGCUGCUAAAACUUGUGGCAAAUUGGAUCUCGGCAAAGAGAUAAAGCCAUGUAUUGACACAUCUGCAACUUGUGAUUUGGUGCAGAAGCAACUUGAUGUGGCCAGUGACUCCUAUAAAUCGCUGCAUUCAAAGUGUAAUUCAUUGGGUAAAAAUCUCAAGGAUGUGGUGGAUAAGUACUGCCAAUACCAAGAAAUUUCAGCAGGCUUUCUACCAUGGCUUCAAGGCACUGAGGAAGCUGCAAAAAUUCACUUGACUGAGGCCAUUGCUGCAGAUCCUAAAAACCUACAGAAACAACUGAAGCAAGUCAAGUCUCUGCAGGAUCAGUUGUCUGGAUACCAAAGCACUGUAGAAAAGCUAAGGAAAACCGUUGAUGCACUUAUGAAUACCGAGGGUAAUCUCCUACUGAAUCGUGAUGAAAUCCGAGAUGAUGUGGAUGAUGUUGUUUUGAGAUUUGAGAAUCUAUCCAAAUCGACCAGUGACCGCAAUGAGAAGCUGCGGAUGACACUCACACGGUCCCUAAGUGUUCAGGAUGGUUUGGAUGAAAUGCUUGAGUGGAUGGCUAGUGUUGAAAAGAGCUUAGAAGAUGACGAGGAGAUGCCUUUGAAUUCUGCUGCUAUUCAAGAGGCCUUCAGUAAAAACGCUGUGCUGGAACAGAACAUUGCCAGUCGCCAAAGCAGUAUUAGCGCCAUUAAAGAGAAAGCCAACAAGUUCAUAGCAACCGCGGAUCCAACCACUGCCUCUGCAUUGCAAGCAAAGGUGGAUGAACUUGCCAAGCGGUUUUCUUCAGCCAGUGGCCGCCACAAGGAAAGAACAGCCAAACUGGAAAAACUCAGAGCCAAAGUGGAACUUUUUGAAAAGACUUACCAAAAAAUCGAGCAGUUUGUAACCAAGAAAUCUCUGUCUCUCCCCGAAUCUGAUGGACCAGGAAAAGAUGUUGCUGAACUCUCACAAUAUAUGCAGGAAAUGAAGGCUGAACUCUUGGACCAGAGUAAAGAUCUCAACACAUUAAAUCAGUUGGCUGAAGAGCUGGGGGGAUGCGCUACAGAUAAAGAACGGACGCGGAUCCUCAACAGUGUCAAUGCUCUGUCAAAGCAUUUUCAAGAGCUGGGAGAGGCUACCAAGAAAAGAGAGGAAGAAUUAUUUUGUUGCCAGCUUCAGACAGAUCAAUUUAAAGCACUGCUGAUGUCGUUCAAUAAGUGGGCGGAGGGAAUGAACACAAGGAUUCCAAUUGUAGACCCAAGUCUAAAUACAGAGGCUCUUCAGAAGCAUUUGUCCAGUAUUCAGGGCAUGCUCAAUGAGUGGUCUUCGAAAGCUUCCGAACUUGUGGAAGUUAAUCAGAAAGGGUCAACUUUGUGUCACCUAAUCAAUACACUGACUUCUCCAGCCUAUUCAAGGACAAUAUUCAAAUCAGGUACACAAGUGGUGAAUGGUGGGGGAGCAGUCUCUGCUAUCUGCGAUUCCAAAGAGCUAAUCGCUAUCCAGCAGGACAUUGCAGAUGUGAAUCAUCAAUAUGAAAAGAUGGGAGGCUUGCUGAAGGACAAGGAGAAUCAAUUGGAAACUAUGCUGGCUCAGAGACAGGAAAUUCAGGAAGAAGCCAAUUUGGUGAAGGAAUGGUUGGAGUCGAUGGAUAAAAGAGCAGCAUCAUGGGAUACAUUGCCAACUGAGACUGAAUCUAUAAAGGAACAAGUUGAACAGCAAAAGAUAUUUGAAGCUGAAUUGAACCAAAACACUGGCAAGGUUGGACAGGUGAAAGAAAGGUUGGCAUUAUUGCUGGAGGAGAACACUGACGCUCCAGAAGCUGGGAAAUGGAGGCAGAUGCUGGAUUAUAUAAAUUCAAAAUGGCAACAGAUCAGCCAGUCAGCAGCAGACCGACAGCAGAAGUUGGAAGAGUCAUCCAGUUUCCUUACUCAGUUUGAGAUGGCAGAGGUGCAGCUCAGCCAGUGGCUUAUUGAGAAGGAACUAAUGAUGAAUGUGCUUGGACCACUUUCCAUUGAUCCACAUAUGUUGAAUAAUCAGAAACAACAAGUCCAGAUAUUGCUCAAGGAGUUUGAGACACGAAAGCCACAGCACGAACAGUUGAAAACGGCAGCCGAUGGCAUUUUGCGUCAAUCAGAUGACCCUGCUGUGGCUAGUGGAGUGGUGAGCAAUCAGCUGGCUACCGUCACACAAAAAUGGGACAACCUGACAGGACAGCUGGUUGACCGGUCCAACCUCAUCGAUCAGGCCAUCGACAAAAGCAGCAGGUUCCAGAGUUUAGUGCGGGGCCUCUCAGCCAGGCUGAACAUCUUAGAAACUAAGCUGGCUGAUCAACCGGCCAUUGGGUCCCAACCCGAAGCCGUGAAAUCCCAGCUGGAAGCAGCCAGUGAAAUCCGGUCGGAGUUGGAGCGGGAGGAAAAGUCAGUGCAGGAGGCCCAGAGGAUCUGUGAGGAGAUCUCAGCCCUCGUUGGUGAACAAUACCUGAAGGCCGAGCUUAGCAGACAGUUGGACAAUGUUUUGAAACCCUACCGAGAUCUAGAAGAAAGAGCAGGAAAUCAAGUCCGUCAGCUACAGUCAGCACUUGCUAAUUCCGAGCAAUUUCAACAGAUGUUCGAUGAUUUUAAGGCCUGGAUGGAUGGAAAGUGCAGUGAGCAAGACCAAAGGCCUCCCAUAUCUGCCAAGCUGGAGCGCCUGCAUUUGCUGAUUGAUGAGCAGGCAGAGUUUCAGAAAUCCUUGGCCCAGAAAGCUGGGUCCUACGAGAUGAUCGUAGUGGAAGGUGAGGCUCUCCUGCAGAAUAUGCAGCCCAGUGCUGAGAAAACAGCCUUACAGGGUCGCUUGGGAACACUCCGGGCUGACUGGGAAGAACUAGCUAAGCAGGUAGAAGCCAGGCAAGAGAAACUGAGGGACUGUUCCCAGAAAGCUGAAAAGUAUAGGGAAUGUGUCGAGCACCUGCUUCCGUGGAUACAAGAGUUUGAAGAAAAGGCUUCUCAGGUACAAAUCUGCAGCAACGCUGCAGAAAUUGAAUCUUCAUUGGCAAACAUUAAAGGUUUACAGAAUGAUGUGGAUAAACAUCGAAGGGCAAUAGAUUCUCUAAAUAAUGCUGCCGACAGCUUGAUUGAAGCUAGCGAAGCUGAUCAGCAAGAUAUCCAAAGCGAGAAGGCUUCAGUCAACCAAAAGGUUGAUCUGAUUAAUAAACAGCUCCACCUGAAAGUCAAUUCCCUGGAUGAGAUGGCAAAAUGUAUGAAGGAGUUACAGAAUUCUCUCAAAGAUGCAAAGAAGCAAAUUGAUGGAGCCAAGCAGCAACUUGAACUCCAUGAUGCCCUUGGACCCCAGGCAUACACUAAUAAAUAUCUGACUAACAUGAAUGCCCAGCAGAAAGCUCUUCAGGCUUUGACAUCGCAAGUGGAGAAUGUCAAGUGCCUUGCUCAGAGACUGGCUGCUGCUACCUCGGAUAGUACUGGGACAUCUUUGAUCCUGCAGCAAGCCAACUCUUUACAGGACGAUUAUGCAUCAGUGAGCCAGAAAGUACAUGAGAGAUGCUCCUUCUUGGAGACCAAACUCCAAGGCAUUGGGCAGUUUCAGAACACUAUCCGGGAGAUGUUUUCCUUAUUUGCUGACCUUGAUGAUGAAUUGGACAGCAUGGCUCCUGUGGGAAGGGAUCUGAUCUGUCUGCAAGCUCAGAAGACUGGCACCCAGGAUUUCAUCAUCAAACUGCAGGAGCUAACAACAAGCAUUGAAGGUGCGAAGAAAGAGGGCAAGCAGAUGCUGGAGUCAGCAAGUUCUCCAGAUUUACUGGGGUUAAAGAGAGAUUUAGACGCUUUAAGUAAACAGUGCAAUAAACUGCUGGACAGGGCAAUGAUCAGAAAAGAGCAAGUGGAAACCAAUCUUGCUCGGGUUGAGGAAUUCAACAGUAAAUGCAAGACGUUUAGCAAGUUGAUGACAGUCGCUGAGGAGCAUGAAGAGAGUCAGGGCAGUGUUGGAACAGAAACAGAUGUCAUCAACCAACAACUGGAAUCAUUCAAGGUAUUUCAGAAAGAAGAAAUUGAACCUCUUCAGACUGUGCUCCAAGAGGUGAAUCGACUCGGGCAAGGACUGAUCCAGAGUGCAGCUAAAAAUACCAAUAUCCAGACAUUGGAACACAACCUCGAAGAAGCAAAUACGAGAUGGAAUACUCUAACGACAAAGGUUGCAGAACGAGCCGCCAAGCUGCACGAAGCUCUGUUGCAUUGUGGGAGGUUUCAGGAUGCACUCGAAUCGUUGCUCAGUUGGUUAAUGGAUACAGAGGAACUCGUAGCCAAUCAGAAGCCACCUUCAGCUGAGUUCAAAGUAGUUAAGGCUCAGAUUCAAGAACAGAAACUUCUCCAACAUUUGCUGGAUGAUCGCAAACCAACUGUGGAAAUGAUCAAAAGGGAAGGGGAGAAGAUUGCUGGGUUGGCUGAUUCAUCAGAUCGAGAGAAAACCCUGAAUCAACUGCAAGGCCUGAGUCGUCGAUGGAAUUCCCUGCUGACCAAGGCUGAAGACAGGCAGCGGCAGUUGGAAGCCAUCUUGGUGGUGGCUCAGCAGUUCCAUGAUACUGUGGAACCCUUGAUUGAAUGGCUUUCUGCUGCUGAGAAGAAAGUUGCAAACUCUGAACCUAUUGGCACUCAAACUGCCAGACUGCAAGAACAGAUCUCCCAGCAUAAAGCCAUGGAAGAUGACGUCGUCAGUCAUGGCAAACAGUUGCACCAGGCCAUUAGUAUUGGUCAGUUGCUAAAGACUAUGAGCUCCAGAGAUGAUAAAGACAUCGUGCAGGGAAGGCUGGAUUCUGCCCAGACACGGUACAUUGAGGUCCAGGACAGGUGUGGCCGUAAAGCUGCCCUGAUCCAGCAGGCCCUCUCCAAUGCAUGGAUUUUUGGGGAGGAGGAGGUGGAAGUUCUGAACUGGUUGGCUGAAGUACAGGACAAACUCAACAACGCAGCCAUUCAAGACUACAAUCCUGAUCAUCUUCACAAACAGCAUUCUGAACAUAUGACACUUCAUGAAGACAUCAUGCUCCGUAGACAGCAUGUCGAUCAGGCCAUUAAGAAUGGGUUAGCUCUCCUGAAACAGACAACAGGGGAUGAAGUUAUAAUCAUUCAGGAAAGGCUAGAUGGCAUCAAAGCACGCUAUGCUGACAUUACUACUACCAGUGGUAAAGUCUUGAAAACCCUAGAACAGGCCCUUCAGCUGGCUACUAAGUUUCAGUCUGCUCAUGAGUUAUUAACUACCUGGCUCGAGAAGGUGGAGGCUGAACUGACCACGUAUGCUUCUGAGGUUCUUGCGGGAGAACAGCUAGCUCAAACACAGAGGAGACAGAAAGAGUUGAGGAAAGAGAUGAUGGAGCACAGGGUAAGCCUGGACACGGUUAAUGAGGUCAGCAGUGCUUUAUUGGAGUUGGUCCCAUGGAGAGCGAGAGAAGGACUCGAUAAGCUGGUAUCUGAUGACAACGAGCGUUAUAGAUUUGUGAGCGACACCAUAGCACAGAAGGUGGAAGAAAUAGAUGCUGCUAUACAAAGAUCUCAGCAGUUUGAACAAGCAGCAGAUGCAGAGAUUGCCUGGAUCACAGAAACAGAGAAGAAGCUCAAAUCACUUGGUGACAUAAGACUUGAACAAGAUCAGACCUCUGCUGAGUUACAAGUUCAAAAGGCGUUUUCAAUGGAUAUUUUGCGGCACAAAGAUACAAUUGAUGAACUUGUUGCAAAUGCAGAUCAAAUUAUGAGUUCCUGCACUGAAGAAGAGAAAGCAUCCCUGAAGAACAAACUGGACAUGCUUCAAAAACAAUAUGAGGUGAUCAGCCAGAUGAAUGCAGAGAGAUACCUGCAGCUGGAACGGGCUCAGUCUUUGGUCAGUCAGUUUUGUGAGACCUACGAAGAGCUCUGGCCAUGGCUUGAAGAGACCCAGGUGUUAAUUACACAGUUACCCACGCCAGCCAUCGAAUUUGAGAUGUUAAAGCAACAACAGGAAGAGCUUCGGCAACUGCGGGAGCUGAUAGCAGAACACAAGCCUCACAUAGAUAAGAUGAAUAAAACUGGACCUCAAUUACUGGAGUUAAGCCCUCGGGAAGGUUUGGGCAUUCAGCAGAAGUACACAGCAGCUGAUGCACUUUACAGUAAGAUCAAAGAGGACGUUAAACGAAGAGCCACUUCACUGGAUGAAGCCAUUUCUCAAUCCACUCAGUUCCAUGACAAGAUUAGCCCCAUGCUCGAAGCCCUGGAGCGCAUUGCCGUCAAAUUGCAACAACCACCUUCCAUCUCUGCUGAGGUGGAGAAAAUUCGAGAGCAGAUCAGCGAAAACAAGAAUGUGACCAUGGAACUCGAGAAGUUGCAACCAGCAUUUGAAACCCUGAAGCAGCGAGGUGAUGAUCUGAUUGGACGUUCUGAAGGAGCUGACAAAGAUUUCUGUGCAAAAGCUGUUCAAGACCAGUUGGACAAGAUGGUUUUCUACUGGGCUGACAUUAAAGCGCGGGCAGAGGAACGGGAAGCAAAGCUGCUUGAUGUGAUGGACCUGGCUGAAAAGUUCUGGUGCGAUCAUUCUGCUCUGAUUGUCACCAUUAAAGACACCCAGGACUUAAUCCGAGAACUGGAGGAACCUGGGAUAGACCCAUCAGUUGUUAAAGAACAGCAAGAGGCUCUGGAGACAAUCAAAGAAGAAGUUGAUGGGCUACAGGAGGAACUGGAGAUAGUUCAGAAUCUUGGAGCCGAGUUGACUGCAGCCUGUGGAGAGCCCGAUAAACCCGUGGUGAAGAAAAAUAUAGAUGAGCUGAAUUGUACCUGGGACAUUCUGAACAAGGCAUGGAAAGAUCGCAUUGACAGGCUGGAUGAAGCAAUGCAGGAGGCUGUUCAGUUCCAGGAUGCACUACAGGCCAUGUUUGAUUGGAUGGAUAUUGCAGAGACUAAGUUAAAUACUCUACCUCCAAUUGGUACAGAUCUUGAAACAGUGAAGCAACAAAUUGCUGAACUCAAGCAAUUUAAGACCGAGGCAUACCAGCAGCAAAUAGAGAUGGAACGACUGAACCAUCAGGGAGAACUGUUACUGAAGAAAGUGAGUGAAGAUGAUGACAAGCGUGUUGUACAGGAGCCUCUUCAUGAGUUGAAACAUCUCUGGGAAAAUCUGGAUGAGAAAAUUGUCAACAGACAACAUAAACUGGAAGGUGCUCUGUUGGCUCUGGGGCAGUUCCAGCAUGCCCUGGAUGAGCUGAUGACUUGGCUGACCCACACUGAGGAGCUACUAAAUGAACAGAAAGCUGUUGGUGGAGAUCCUAAAGCCAUUGAAAUCGCAAUUGCGAAACAUCACGUUCUACAGAACGAUGUCCUCGCGCACAAGUCCACUGUGGAAACUGUGAACAAAGCCGGAAAUGAUCUGCUCGAAUCGAGUGAUGGGGAAGAAGCCAGCAGCCUGCAGAGCAAGCUAGAAAUCCUGAACCAGCGCUGGAACAAUGUCCUGGAACAAACCGAGCAACGGCAACAGCAACUGCAUUACUCUCUCAUCCAGGCUCAAGGUUUCCAGAGCGAGAUUGAAAAUAUGCAGCGCUGGCUGGUAGACAUUGACCGUCAGCUGUCAGCAUCAAAACCUGUUGGAGGUUUGCCAGAAACUGCCAGGGAGCAACUUAACGUUCAUCUGGAACUCUGUGCUGCAUUUGAAAGCAAAGAGGAGAUCUACAAGGACCUGAUAAAUAAGGGGCAGCUGAGCUAUAAGGGUCUUGAUGAUAGUAACGUGGAGCAAGGCAUCAACAAUCUAAAGGAAAGAUGGGAAUCGGUUGAAGUAAAACUAAAUGAACGAAAGGUUAAACUGGAGGAGGCCCUCAACUUAGCCACAGAGUUUCACAAUUCACUUCAAGAUUUCAUCAAUUGGUUGACCCAAGCAGAGCAAACUUUGACAUUAGCUUCUCCGCCAAGUCUUAUUUUGGACACGAUUUUGUUCCAAAUUGAUGAACACAAGGUUUUUGCCAAUGAAGUCAACUCACACCGUGAAAAAAUAAUUGAACUGGAUAAGACUGGGACCCACCUGAAGUACUUCAGUCAGAAGCAGGAUGUGGUACUCAUUAAAAAUUUACUGAUCAGUGUUCAAGCUCGAUGGGAGAAGGUUGUGCAGCGUUCUGUUGACAGGGGAAGAGGACUAGAUGAUGCAAGGAAACGUGCUAAACAGUUCCAAGAGGCAUGGAAGAAAUUGAUGGAAUGGUUGGAAGAUUCAGAAAAAAACCUGGAUUCUGACCUUGAAAUUGCUAAUGAUCCAGACAAAGUGAAAAUGCAGCUUUCCAACCACAAGGAGUUCCAGAAAGGGCUCGGAGCAAAGCAUUCAGUGUACGACACUACAGUAAGAACCGGUCGUUCUUUAAAAGAGAAGACAACUCUGGCUGAUGACCACCAAAAGCUCGAUGACAUGUUGAGUGAACUUAGGGACAAGUGGGACACGGUGUGCGGAAAGUCAGUGGAAAGACAGAACAAAUUGGAGGAAGCGCUUCUGUUCUCAGGCCAAUUUACAGAUGCCUUGCAAGCUCUGAUUGAUUGGCUGUACAAGAUUGAACCCAUGCUGGCUGAAGAUCAGCCAGUCCAUGGGGACAUCGACCUGGUGAUGAACCUGAUUGAUGCUCACAAGGUCUUUCAGAAGGAGUUGGGUAAACGGACCAGCGGUGUCCAAGCCCUCAAACGCUCUGCCCGUGAACUAGUAGAUGCCAGCCGCGAUGAUUCCUCCUGGGUCAAGGUGCAGAUGCAAGAGCUCAGUACUCGCUGGGAAACUGUCUGUGCCCUCUCUGUUUCCAAACAAGCCCGACUAGAGCAAGCCCUGAACCAGGCUGAAGAGUUUCACUCUGCAGUGCAUGUGUUGCUGGAGUGGUUGGCUGAAGCCGAACAAACUCUUCGUUUCCAUGGCGUUCUUCCAGAUGACGAUGAAGCCCUGCGUGCGCUUAUAGAGCAGCACAAGGAGUUUGCGAAGAAACUGGAAGGAAAGAUGAUUGAGCUAAAUUUAGCAGUGGGUAUGGGAGAAGCUAUCCUAUCUAUCUGCCACCCAGACUCUAUCACAACCAUCAAGCAUUGGAUCACAAUAAUCCGAGCCAGAUUCGAAGAGGUAACUGCAUGGGCUAAACAGCAUCAACUGCGGCUUGAAGCAGCCCUCGCAGAUGUUAUUGCUAAUCAAGAGUUACUGGAGAGCCUGUUGGGCUGGUUACAGUGGGCAGAGACGAUACUGACUCAGAGAGACCAAGAAUCACUUCCACAGGAGAUCGAAGAAGUCAAAACACUUAUUGCCGAGCACCAGUCUUUCAUGGAGGAAAUGACCAGAAAGCAGCCAGAUGUGGAUAAAGUAACAAAAACAUACAAGAGGAAAGCUACGGAACCGACUCAGAUUGCAUCCCAAAUUCCUGUUAUUGAUAAAGGAAGGUCAAGGAAAAGACUGCCAGCAAGGGCUCUGUAUUCACCUGCAACACAAACCAUUGAGACUAAAAAUCCACGUGCUAACCUACUCGUCAGUAAGUGGCAGCAAGUCUGGUUGUUGGCUCUGGACAGACGACGGAAACUCAAUGACGCACUUGAUAGACUGGAAGAGCUGAAAGAGUUUGCCAACUUUGAUUUUGAUGUUUGGCGAAAGAGAUACAUGCGAUGGAUGAACCACAAGAAGUCCAGAGUAAUGGAUUUCUUCAGGCGCAUUGACAAAGAUCAGGACGGGAAGAUCACAAGACAAGAGUUUAUUGAUGGAAUCCUCUCUUCAAAGUUUCCCACCAGUCGUCUGGAGAUGAGUGCAGUGGCAGAUAUAUUUGAUCGAGAUGGCGAUGGCUACAUUGAUUAUUAUGAGUUUGUGGCAGCCCUUCAUCCAAACAAAGAUGCUUACAAGCCUCUUACUGAUGCAGACAAAAUUGAGGAUGAGGUGACACGGCAAGUAGCAAAAUGUAAAUGCGCAAAGCGGUUUCAGGUGGAACAGAUUGGGGAGAACAAGUACAGGUUCUUCCUGGGAAAUCAGUUUGGUGACUCGCAGCAAUUGCGGCUAGUCCGUAUCCUGCGCAGUACUGUCAUGGUUCGUGUUGGAGGAGGCUGGAUGGCACUUGAUGAGUUUCUGGUGAAAAAUGACCCCUGCAGAGUUCAUCAUCAUGGGAGUAAAAUGUUGCGUUCGGAAUCAAACUCUUCAAUUACCAGUCAGUCUCCUAUAGUAAUACUCACUGCAACAAAGGGCAGAACAAAUGUUGAACUGCGUGAAAAAUUCAUGCUUCCUGAAACUACCGGUCAGUCUGUGGCUGCCUUCCGAUCACGGGGUCGUAGGUCACGGCCAUCAUCACGGGCCGCUUCGCCAAACAGGUCAACCUCCAGUGCCAGUCAGAGUGUUUCGGUUCCACCAGUUACUACAAGUACACCUCCUAAGACAUCCCAACAUUUAAUCCGCAAUUAUGAUAAACCAUGGUUGACAAACAGCAAAACAUCAACUCCUUAUAAGUCACCAGACUCCCCUGAACGCCGAAUCCCAUCUCCAGAGGUAACCCCUAUCCAGGGAAGCAAACUGCGACCACCUGGAUACUUGUCCGGAAAAAGUUUCCACUCUGGAGAUGAAAGUAAUGUAACAUCAACUCCUCCUUCUAGAGGGAGGUCACAAAUACCAGCCCGAGAUUCAAGGAAAGUUCCAAGCCGGCCUACAAGCCGAGCUGGAAGCAAGACCGGCAGCCGAGCCAGUAGUCGUCGUGGGAGUGACGCUUCUGAUUUUGACAUUUCGGAUAUCCAGUCUGUAUGCUCAGAUGUUUCAGAAACAGUGCCUGACACUAGCAGAUCAGGGUCACGAGCAGGAUCUCGGCCAUCUUCCGCCAAACCUUCGAAAAUCCCAACACCGUCACGGAGGUCCCCAGCAGCUAGCAAACUGAGUGCAGCCUCCAAAAGAUAGUGUGAUCAACCCAACGGAAGUUCUCUGAAAUCAUUUGAUAGUGCAGUCCUUGGGAUGUAAAAUAUUCUGUAGAAUCUGCUGUGAAAUAUUGCAAGAGGUGGACUUUUAAUGCUGCAGAAUGGCCUUAUUUGUGUUUUUGUCUUGUAAGGUAUGUUAUUUUAUGUGAAUAAUUAUUUUGUUCAUUUUUUUUGUUGACACCAUAUCCUCUGGAGGGAAAAUUAAAAAGAGCUUUUAAGAAAGAUGUAAGUUAAACUAAUAUUUUUACAUGAUAAUAUGGAAUUAGGUAACUAUCUCGGAAAGCUGUUUCUGAAUGUACUGUUAAAAAAUAUAAAAUCCCAGGAACACGUUAUGUCAAUAAGCAGGCAGAUGACUCCAUAAUUUGCUAACAGCUCUGAUUACCUCAUACACAAUUCAAUGAGGCAAUGCUGGAUUUUGUGAAAUAAUCUUUAUUUUUGUUCAGAGCUGAUUUUCCUUAAUUAACCACAAAGCAAAUGUCUGUGUCCCAGGUAAUUAACAAAGGGAUGUAAAAAGUUGAUCAGCACUACCUUAAUGUAGCAAACUUGAAUUUACUCACAAAUGUUUAAUUAACACACUUAGACCGGCUGUUAAUACACUUAAAAAGAAAUUCCUGCAGCAUUUUUGUGCCAUUUCAUAUUGCUGAGAUCAAACUGCCAUUGUUAAAAACCCCAUGCCCUCCCCACAACAAGUCAUUUAUACUAAUUAUAAUUAAUAUAUAUAAGUAUGAAGUGUGUUGAUGUCAAUGUGAAUUUUUUUUUGCUUGAGUGGAAGAUAAUUGUAUCAUUGAUCCCAUUUUGUAUUAAAGCAAAGUUGCUUGCAGUAAGUCACGAUCCGAAUCAUCCCUACUUGUUACUUUACAGCAAUACUUCAUGCAAGACUAUUUCCUUAUUUAUUUAACAAAGUAGAUGAUAAUUUAAUGUAGGCUUAUGGCAGUGAAUGAAUGACCUAGAAGGGUUCCUCCAAAAUGCUUAUUAAAGCAUUCUUUUCAGACUUA